UUGAUUAGCGCAGCAAAGAGAAACCAACAAGUUGUCGUUUCCUUGCAUCAAAGAAAAUAAAAACAUCUCCUUUCUCUGCGUUAUGUUCACUGUACAAUCUAACUAGCAAGCAGCUUUAAUCCAAAUUCUCCUGUUUUUUCCUCAUGGAGCAUCAAUGGCCUUCAUUCCCAAUCAUGUUUGCCUUCUUGCUCUUUAUAAUCAUGGUACUGAAAAUAGGGAGAAGUGGCAACACCAACAACUACGCUUCAAAUCUACCCCCCGGGCCAUGGAAGCUACCAUUCAUAGGAAACCUACACCAGCUCAUCGGCUGUCUACCCCAUCACGGACUACGAGACUUGGCCGAGAAAUAUGGACCCCUUAUGCACCUGAGGCUUGGGGAAGUUUCCACCAUUGUUGUUUCAUCGGCAGAGUUUGCCAAAGAGGUGAUGAAAACCCACGAUGUUAUUUUUGCAUCUAGGCCACAGAUCCUCGCCACGAGGAUCUUGUCUUACGGCUCUACAAACAUUGCCUUUGCACCGUACGGUGAUUACUGGAGACAACUACGAAAAAUUUGCACACUAGAGCUUUUAAGCACAAAGCGCGUUCAAUCUUACCGACCUGUUAGGGAAGAAGAGGUACUGAAGCUGAUUAAAUCGAUUGCUUUACAAUCAGGGUCAGCUGUCAAUCUUACUCAGGAAAUCUACUCAUUGACGUACAGCAUCACUUCACGAGCAGCCUCUGGUAAAAAAACCAGAGAUCAUGAGAAGUUCAUAUUUGUUGCCGAGGAAGCUGGGAAAGUAGCAGGGGGCUUCGCUCUUGCAGAUCUAUAUCCCUCUGUUAGCUUGCUUCAUUUGGUAAGUGGAAUCAGGCCUAAGCUUGAGAGGCUGCAUAAACAAGCCGACAGGAUAAUGGAAAACAUCAUCAACGAACAUCAGAAAGAUCUUGAAACUACAAAAAAUGUUGAGGGCGAGUCAGUGGAAGAUCUUGUACAUGUUCUCCUAAAAUUUCACGAACAUGGUGGUGCGCUUGAAUUUUCACUUACUACUAACAACAUCAAAGCAGUAAUCUUUGAUGUUUUCUCGGCUGGGAGUGAGACAUCAGCUACAACUGUAGAUUGGGCAAUUUCAGAAAUGAUGAAAAAUCCAAGAGUAAUGAAAAAGGCACAGCGUGAGGUGAGGGAAGUGUUUAAUAGAAAAGGGAAGGCAGAUGAAACAAGCAUUAGAGAGAUGAAGUAUUUAAACGCAGUAAUUAAAGAGACGCUGAGAUUACACCCUUCUGUUCCCCUAUUACUUCCAAGAGAAUGCGGAGAGAAGUGCGAGAUUGGUGGAUAUGGAAUACCUGGGAAAUCCAAGGUAAUCGUCAAUGCGUGGGCUAUCGGUAGAGAUCCCAAGUACUGGACUGAGCCUGAGAGGUUUAAACCAGAGAGGUUCCUUGACAGCUCCAUUGACUACAAGGGAACAAACUUCGAAUACAUCCCGUUUGGUGCAGGAAGGAGAAUAUGUCCGGGCAUAUUAUAUGGUCUGGCAAACGUUGAGCUCCCGCUUGCAUUGUUGCUAUACCAUUUCGAUUGGAAACUUCCCGAUGGAACGAAGCACGAAGACUUGGACAUGACCGAGACCUUUGGCAUCGCGGUCCGAAGAAAACAAGACCUGCACUUAAUUCCGAUUCCGUAUCAUCCUCCGCCUAAUUGAAAAAUCUCAAGUAUAACAAAGUCAAAUGCUUGUAUGUUUCUUGUUAUUGAAAUAAUCGUCGUCGUUUUGUUCGUAGUAUA